CGAGAGGGAGUAUUGAUGUAUAGAGAUGUACAGAGAUAUUGUGAUUGGUCGAGACCAGUGAUUCCUUUGAGCCUUAGGAGUUCCGGACUUCAACUCCCAGAAGCCCCAGACCGCUUAGACAAGGGAGAGGAAUUUGGGGGGUUGAAGUCCAAAACAGCUGGAGGGCCAAGGGUUGAAUAUCAUCCGCGGGGGUGAGGCGUUAUGUCGUCACAUCCGGCAGUAGCGAAGUCUUUGGUUUCCUUGGAAACCCUCGAGAGGAGAAAUGGGCAGCUCUGGCUAGGCCCCCUCCGCCAUGGCUUCCCUCCUCAAAGUGACCCCGGAGGUUAAGAUGGCGGUAGACUCUUUCAGGGAGCGAAUCACAGGAGAAGCCGAAGAGCUCGUCGCGCAUUUUUUCCCGAAGAAGUUUUUAGAACUGGAUGCUUUCCUUCAGGAUCCGACUCUGAACUUUCGCGAUCUCAGCCAAAUCCACUCAGAUGUGAGCUACCCUGUUCCCAUCCUGCUGGGGCCAAACAGCCCUGCAGGGCCCAGUCUGAAAAAGAGGAAACUGGAAGGCAACUUGCAAGGCACCAGAGUCCUUGUGGUGCCUCAAGGGAUGCCGAAGAGCAACCAGAAGCUGGUGGACAUCCUGGAGAAGGUGAAACCCGAGAUACGGCUGCUGAUGGAGAAGUGCAACGUGGUCAAACUGUGGGUGCAGCUCUCCAUUCCCAAGAUAGAAGGCGGCAACAGCUUUGGGGUUUCUGUUCAGGAGGACACUGUGGCCGAGCUCCAAACUGUGGAGAGCGAGGCAGCGCUGCACCUGGACGAGAUCGCGAGAUACUACACCGCGCGGGCAAAGCUGGUUUCCAAAAUAGCUAAAUACCCUCACGUGGAGGACUACCGUCGCACAGUAACCGAGAUGGACGAAAAGGGAUAUAUCUGUCUGAGGCUCCUCAUUUUGGAGCUGAGAAAUCAAUACGUGCUUCUCCAUGACAUGAUCCUAAAGAAUAUUGAGAAAAUCAAGCAGCCCCAGAGCAGUGAGGUAGAGGCUCUCUACUGAUCAAUGAACUGUUCAGUAGACUCAGUUACAGCCUUUGCCUAAAUUUAUGGGACUACCAAGUCUGAAAAAGCUGGCAGGAAACAGUCCUCAUCACACUUUAGUUAAACGUCUACAGAAACACAUUCCUAGUGCUUUCUGGUUGGUUUUUAUUUGGGUGUUGGGGUUUGUCCCUCUCACUCAUAUUUUAACAUGUGGAAGGUAUGCCUCAGAGCUUCUUUUCCUACUUUUUUAAAAAAAAACAUACGAAAGCAAUUUGAGAACAUACUGUAAGUCGCUUCUGGUGUGAGAGAAUUGGCUGUCUACAAAGAAGUUGCCCAGGGGAUGUCUGGAUGUGUUACCAUCCUAGUGGGAGGCUUCUCUUCUGUCCCUGCAAACUAUAGCUGACAGAUGGGAACUCACCCCAUCUCACAGAUUUGAACUGGCAACCUUCAGGUCAACAACCAAACCUUCAGGUCAGCAGCCCACCCAGCACAAAGCUUUAACCCAUUGCACCACUGCAGCUCCUCCUUUUCCUACUUAGGUGGGGAUAACACAGUGGCUGAUUUGAUUCAGGAGGCAAUAAUUUCCAGUUCCAGCAGUCCUGAAUGCCUACUUGCCUGGAUGAAUGCUCCCUUCUUAGAGUACACCUACACUGUAGAAUAAAUGUAGUUUGGCACCACUUUAGGUGACAUGGCUCAAUGCUAUGGAAUUAUGGGAAUUAUAGUUUUAUAAGGCUUUAGCUCCCUGCCAAAUAGGACAGGUGCCUCACCAAACUAAAAAUCCCAUGAUUUCAUAGCAUUGAAUCAAGGAGGUUAAACUGAUGUCAAACAACACCACUUAGAUCAGUGGUUCUCAACCUGGGGUCCCCAGAUGUUUUUGGCCUACAAUUCCCAGAAAUCCCAGCCAGUUUACCAGCUGUUAGGAUUUCUGGAAGUUGAAGGCCAAAAACAUCAGGGGAUCCCAGGUUGAGAACCACUGACUUAGAUGCAGCUUAUGGGCCCUUCCAGACAGGCCCUAUAUCCUAGGAUCUGAUCCUAGGUUUUCUGCUUUAAACUGGAUCAUAUGAGUCCCCACUGGGAUCAGAUCCUAGGAUAUAGAGCCUGUCUGGAAUGGCCCUACGUUUCCCCUUGACUGUUCAGCAAUAUCCCUAAUCUUUUUGACUAUUAGCUCCUCUCGUCCAUUUGUCCCAUUGUGCUUUUAGGUUCUCAUCCAUCUUCACUUUUCUACAGAAUGAAUUAAAGUUCACAAAAUGUGUAACUGCUUUGUCUUUAUACAAGGCACAAGUUUUGUUAUUAGCUUUAUUUGGCAUCAGUAUUGGACGAGGAUUAUUUCUGAUUAUUUAUUGAUCACCUUAUGCGGCACCACACUCCUAAAUAAAUAAACUCAGAGAAAAAACUGA